AGGGAGUGGGCUGCCGAGGCUGGGGCAAGAGCGGCAGCGGGGAGCUCUGGGUAAGGAGCGUGCUGCUGCUACGUUAAGCUGCUGCUGCUGCUGCUGCUGCUUUAGGAAGGAGUGAAGAGGAAGCCGCGCUGCGGAGCUACAGGGGGAAUCCGAUUGCAGCCAUGCUGAAUCACAGGCGCUGAUUAAUUCGCCCAGCUUGCUGCACCCAGAUCCGGACGAACGGGGGGAAAACCAGGGGCACAGCCUGAGGACUGAAGACGAGGGUGCAUGCAGAGUUCAAGCUCCUCUCCGGCUACGCACAAUGGACGACGAAAGCAUCAAGAGGUCCCCUGAACCACCUGAAGCAGCUGGAGAUAAGGACCGAACAGUGACCAUCAAUCCUUGUCACAUGGGAAAGGCGUUCAAAGUCAUGAAUGAAUUAAGGAGCAAGCAACUUCUCUGUGAUGUGGUGAUAGUCGCUGAAGAUGUUGAGAUUGAAGCCCAUCGUGUUGUCCUAUCAGCCUGCAGUCCAUAUUUCUGUGCAAUGUUUACAGGAGAUAUGACUGAAAGCAAAGCAAAGAAGAUUGAAAUCAAAGAUGUUGAUGGACUGACAUUAAGUAAGCUGAUUGAUUACAUCUAUACAGCUGAGAUAGAAGUCACAGAAGAGAAUGUUCAGGUGUUGUUGCCAGCAGCCAGCCUAUUGCAGUUAAUGGAUGUCCGACAAAACUGUUGCGAUUUUCUUCAGUCUCAGCUACAUCCCACAAAUUGCCUUGGAAUCCGCGCCUUUGCAGAUGUACAUACAUGCACCGAACUACUGCAACAGGCCAAUGCCUAUGCAGAGCAGCACUUUCCUGAGGUGAUGCUUGGUGAAGAAUUUCUCAGCCUUAGUUUGGACCAAGUUUGCAGUUUAAUAUCUAGUGACAAGCUCACAGUUUCGUCAGAGGAAAAGGUAUUUGAAUCUGUCAUUUCUUGGAUAAAUUAUGAAAAAGAGUCCCGCUUGGAACAUAUGGCAAAGCUGAUGGAGCACGUUCGUCUCCCCCUCUUGCCCAGAGAUUACCUUGUACAGACGGUUGAAGAAGAAGCUUUAAUCAAGAAUAAUAAUACAUGUAAAGAUUUUCUUAUUGAGGCCAUGAAGUAUCACUUACUUCCUCUGGAUCAAAGGCAACUGAUAAAGAAUCCUAGAACAAAGCCAAGGACACCAGUCAGUCUGCCAAAGGUUAUGAUUGUAGUGGGUGGGCAAGCACCCAAAGCCAUUCGAAGUGUGGAGUGUUAUGACUUUGAAGAGGAAAGGUGGGAUCAGGUGGCAGAGCUUCCUUCUCGGAGAUGUCGAGCAGGCGUGGUGUUCAUGGCAGGCAAAGUCUAUGCUGUGGGAGGUUUUAAUGGCUCUUUACGAGUCCGAACAGUAGAUGUAUACGAUGGCGUGAAAGACCAGUGGACAUCAAUAGCCAGCAUGCAAGAAAGACGAAGCACUUUAGGGGCUGCUGUGCUAAAUGAGCUUCUUUAUGCUGUUGGUGGAUUUGAUGGAAGCACAGGGCUGGCAUCUGUGGAGGCCUACAACCAUAAAACAAAUGAGUGGUUCUUUGUGGCACCCAUGAAUACACGAAGGAGCAGUGUUGGAGUUGGCGUAGUGGAAGGGAAACUGUAUGCUGUUGGUGGUUAUGACGGAGCAUCACGUCAGUGCCUUAGUACUGUGGAGCAAUAUAACCCAGCCACAAAUGAGUGGACUUAUGUGUCAGAUAUGAGUACUCGGCGCAGUGGUGCAGGUGUUGGUGUCCUCAGUGGACAAUUGUAUGCUACAGGAGGACACGAUGGACCUCUAGUGAGGAAGAGUGUGGAAGUAUAUGAUCCUGGAACAAAUACUUGGAAACAAGUGGCCGACAUGAAUAUGUGUAGAAGAAAUGCAGGAGUUUGUGCAGUCAAUGGGCUUCUCUAUGUGGUUGGAGGAGAUGAUGGUUCUUGCAAUUUAGCAUCAGUAGAAUAUUAUAAUCCUGUCACUGAUAAGUGGACAUUAUUACCAACCAAUAUGAGCACUGGGAGAAGUUAUGCAGGAGUCGCUGUGAUUCACAAACCGUUGUGACACAUGUUAAGUGAAUGCAGGGAAAAGAAAUUCAUGUCUGCCUACUUUGGUGGCUUUUGGAAGAUACAGAUACCUGACUGUUAGCCAGCCCAUUGGUAUUGCACUUGAUGGCAGGACAAGUGUAUGCUAAGACUGUCAACCUUUGCUCAGUGGUGAGCCGUGUGGCAAUGUGAAAGCCCUGCUGUGAACACGCUCCUGUGAAAUAAGAUGUUGCUUAUUUUUUUUUCCACUGGUGCAAUCAGCUGUUUUAUUUACAGCCAGGAUCCUGAAUUGAGUCUGAACUGAAUUUCCCAAGUGUAAGGUCGGGAGCAUACGGCUGGAAGAAAUGGUAUAUUGGAAUACUUCGCUACUGAAGUUUGCAUACACACACAUUCAAGAAAGCAUUUGCUAUUUACUGACUACACCUGCUAGAGAAAUCUACUACUGACACUGGAAUAUUUAAAAUACUGAUGGAAAGAACCUGGAAGAAAUAGAUUGGGAGCUUCGGCUUUUACAGUUUAUUGUGUUUGUCCUGUGUACACACACCGACUGACUGCUGUAAGUGAUGUAGGGCACUGAAAGUGUACAUAGAGCGACUUUUCAUCCUAGUCACAGAACUACAUUCGUGACAUUGAUUUUGUAUAUAGGGGUAAGAUGAGCCAGGCAAUGUCUUUUGCUAAGGUGGAAGCGUACUUCAACUUCCCAAAGACCAAUAACCUCACAAGAGAUCUGUGCUCAGAAGGGGUUUAUGACCAUUUCAAGAUGAAUUCUGCUCAAGGCUAAUUUUUUUUUAAUGUGGGGGUAUCAUAAUUCUAUUUCUCUCCCCUGUUGCCAGCAGUUCAGAACAUCCAAAGUCUAUUUUCAUUGCCAUUUAGGGACCAUAUGUUCUGAAAUAUCAACCAAUUUGCCACCAGUUUCAGAAGCUACUGAAUUCUGCAGCACAUUCUGAAAAGUGCAUCAAGCGCUGAGUUGUCCAAGCCCUGGUGUAUGCUGGUGUCAUCACCAUGUGCCAAAGCUUAGGGACUGUAGACUAUCAAAUUGGAUGGCCAACAGAUUGUCCAGCAAAUAAUGUGGUAAAUCUAAAUUCAGUGGAACCAACUGAGUUCAUCCAUCCUCACAUACCUCAUGCAUAUUUGGCCUAACAUCAUCAGCUGUCCAAGUGGAUACUGAAAGCUUUUUCCACCAUAUGGUUGUUUUUCUUAAAACGUGUUUUAGCAGCUGCCCUUUUAUUUUUUCCAAAGUUUGCAUUAUUGCAUACAUGUAAAGAAGCUACUUGGACUUUUGUUUUAAAAGGAGAUUUCUUUUUAAAAUCCACUUCCAGUUACAUCUCUACAUACGUGUCUAGAAACCUUUCAUUGUGUUUUCUGUUGAAAACAAUGAUCAAACUGGAAAUCUGGGUUCACAGACAAGUGUUACUAUUGUUACUUUUGGCCUAUAUGAAACCAACCAAAAACUUGAGUGAAAAAAUGAAGUGUUCCAUUCCUUCAGUCUUUCCUCCGUUCACCAUAUUUGCAAAUUAUGGUGAGCACUGAAGUUAUUUCUGAUGCAGACAGCUUUUCUCUUAAAUCUUUCAGACACUAACAAUGAGGAAGAAAAUAUAUUCGGUUGCUUUUAAAAAGUGAUGCAAAGGGCUUACAUCCAUUAAUUAGAUUUUUAAAUGCUUGAUUUAAAAUCUCAGUGCUUCUUUUUAUUAUUAUUGUACUGAGGCCCAAAUACCAUAUGUCAAAAUAUACUCUAUUGCGAACCUUUGGCACUCCAGAUGUUAUGGACUACAAUUCCCAUCAGCUCCUGGCAGCAUGACCAAUUGUAGUCUAUAACAUCUGGAGUGCCAAAGGUUCGCCACCACUGAUAUAGAGUAUAUUGAAAUGGCAUGUUCCCUUGAUAAUGUAUUUGAGCCUUGUCUGCUAACUGUAUUUUUGGAAGAAAAUGGCUGUUCUUACAAUGACAUUCUUCCAGCAGUGGGGGGGGGGGGAUGUGAAGGAGGAGGAAUCUUUCCUAGAGACCUCACUUCAUCCUGUCUGCAUGGUCAACCAAACAGCAAAAUGAGAAGACUGAAUGAAGUUCUAGCACACCAAUAAAAAGAAUAUGUGCUAUGCUAUCUCAUUCUUUCUGAUGUGCUAAUUUAUAUAUGCAGCAUAAGGCAUAUUAAAAAAUGUGGCUCUCUGUUUGUACUCAGAAAUGGUUCAGGCCAUUCUUCUUCCUCUGAAAUCUGCCACUUAAUUUCCAUCUCACCUACAUUCUUGACCAGGAUCAAAGUGCAUGUUGCGGGAAUGUCUGGUGGUGUGGGGGUUCUCCAUGUUAUGCCCAUAGUACAUCUAGUCAUUCAUUUUAGAUUUCAGAGCUACGGCUGUGGAAUCACUGUUUUCACUGCACUCUCGGUGGAUAAUGUUAUGUGUACUCAAGGACAUUACUUAUGACACAUCCACCUCAUUAACAGUGUCCUUGGAAUCACUUAAUACAUUAAAAGACCAUCCUCACUUCAUUUGAUGACAUAAGUGUCUUCACAGGUACAUGAACAGUGACAGUGAAUGAUUUGCCUGUUUCCCUCACUAUCAAAGCUAUAUGCCAAUCCUGUUGCAGCUUUGACAGGUAGUGAAUUUUUGAGCUUACUUGGCUUAUACUCAGUGGACUACUUUAAAGUGGUUGUUAGAAGUGUGGCGAGUGUCUUUGCUCUUACUUUAAAACAGCACCUGUAUUUCCACAUAGCAUUUGGAACAAUCACUAAAACCACUUAAUGUGCUGGCUGUUGCUAAGCAGUCUGGACUCCUCUAGAUAGUUUUGUUCUUGGCCAAGAGUCACGUACCACUAGCAAAUGUGUCUGCCCCUCCUUCCAUGUGUAAACUUGCAGGGUUAAUGCAAGUCAAGUGACCUCAUUUUUCAGCUAUGCAAUAUUAAUAAUUGCUACACAACAAACCAGCUGCAAUAGCUCCUUAAAGCGCUUUCAAAGUACCUUACAUUGUAUGUGCAUUUUUAAUGUUUUUACUGUGCUGAUUCUGAGCAUCUGAGCCAGAUCCUUUCAAAGAUUGCCUUUUAAUAGGGCUUGAAAAUAUAACUUCAGAUCUAACAGAUUUUAAUAUAGCUAUUUUUGUAAGAUAGUUCUACAGAGUUCUUGGAUCUUGGUUUAUUUUGGUGGCAUUAUGAUUAGCGUCUAAUCCUUACACCACAGGCCCAGUUCUCAUCAGCCAUUUGUGUAUGGUGGCUUGUAUAUUUUGCAUGAAAAAGAGGGAACAUUCUUUAGUUCCUCUUCAGUUCAUUUAAAAAAACAACACUGCAGGACUCAGUGCUAACAGUGCACCGUUACCUCUUAGUAGUAUCAUAAAUUGCUGGAAUUUUUUAGAAAAUGAAGUCAUUUUUUAUUUAUUAUGAUCUGUGGCUUGCUUGUUCAGCUCAAAUGCCAAACAGUGAUUAUUGUAUAUAGUCAUUUCUGAACAGAAUUGUGCUUUGACACUACAUGCUGAUGAGAUAAGCUCAACUACGAAGGGGACUAGGUUUGGCUGUCCUGUCAGUAUUUUUAUAAGUUUCCUCAGAACACAUCUCUAUGAUAUAGGUUUAAGUGCUACGAAUAUUCUUUGAUGGAAUUUGAUGGGCAGUUGUAGAUUUCUUAGAUUUCCAAAGGAUGGCUUGUUUUGUUCAGAUUAGAGCACCUUCCAUUUAUCUAAGGUAUAAACCUAAAAGCUGUAUCCAAAGGUCUGCUUGUGUGUUCAUGUUGCACAGCUUCAUGCAGAUAGCUUGCGGACCUUCCUUUUCAGAAGCUUAUUUAUUUUAUUUUAUUAACCUUCACUUGUGUUGUUUAACACACAAACUUCCAUCACAGUACUCUGCAAAAAGGACUCUUAAUUUCUCUGAGUUCAAAAAGCAAUUGGGGGAAUUCAGCACAAGAGCAAAGGUAAACUGCUGGCAGAUACGUGAUACUGUAUUUUCACCAGGUUUCUGAUGCAGUUGCUCUCAUAGCAAAUCUCUCAUCUGCUUUUUGACCUUGACGGAGUUCGGAAGUACAGCUUGGAGUGGGAUGGUAGUGGUUCUGUGAAGUUAGCUUUUGAAAAGGAGGAGUUUAUGUAGGCAUGUUCCUUUUGAUCUCAGCCCAAAGUAGAUGUAUAUUUGGAGAUAUGUUGAUAUGUUUAUACAAAAAAAAAUCAGAAAUGAACCUAUUUUUGCUGCUCCAGUCUUUUUGAAUGAACUGCUUACUGUAUUUGAAUUUUCUGUUUGAAUUGGCUUGUGGGAAGCUAAUUUUCAGUCCACUCAGUUCAACUGGAUCCUAGAUUAUAUAUGACUGUGACACUGGUUAGCAUUGCACCGCAAAGCAAGGGGAAUGGAAGUGUUUUCCUUUUUUGCACUACUUGUACAUUUAUUUAAGAAGCUUACCAAACAGCUGCAUUUGCCCCAAAGCUUACAGGAUUUUUCUUUCUUACCCCAUACGGCAAGUAGACAUUAAUACAGUGUAAUACAAGUUAGUUCAUUUGAAUCAUCUGUAUGUGAAAUUCUGAUUUUUUAAAAAUAGUGCUAUUUGAAUAUCACCGUUCUGUUCCACUUUCCUACCACUUACUGGCUUGGUUUAACAGUUAAAGGGGUAACCAGCCAGUGCUGUAAGAACUGUAAAUAUCAGAAUUUUGCAUUGCUUAAAAUGUACAGUGUUUGAGAAAUAUAGUGCAGACAUAAAAAAUCAAUGACACAUCUUUUUGUUCAGAUUCUAAAUUAUUUUAUUUUUUAUGUAGAGUGGCAAUAAAUGCAAAGAUGUUUUAUUUGUAAAUACAUUGUAUAAAAUAUGUUUCAAGAAUGAUAAGAUUGUAAAGAGCUCUCCUUGGAUACACAAUUUAAAAAAUAAAGUAGACUGAGAUUAUCAUGAA